CACACACACGCAAGUCCCACUCACUAGGGGGGCGAGAAUAAGUCAAAGAUCGUCACCAUGAUCAUCAUCGUGGACUUGGUGCUGAUGCUCAUCGACCUGACCUACGCUAUCCUGGCCGCGGUGGUGCAGACUUUCCUCCGGCCGAGGCUAAAGAGCAUCGACGGGGAAGUGUGCCUCAUCACCGGGGCAGGAGGUGCGCUGGGCCGCCUGUUCGCGGUGGAGUUUGCCAAAGAGGGCGCCCAGCUGGUGCUGUGGGACUGCAACACGGCCGCCAACGAGCGCACCGCCCAGCUGGCCAGGGAGCACGGCGUCCGGGUGCACGCCUACACCGUGGACCUGUCGUGCCGGGAGAGCAUCUACCACACUGCGGAGCGAGUCAGGGCGGAAGUGGGCGACGUGUCCAUGCUGGUGAACAACGCGGGGGUGGUGGCCGGAAGGAGGCUCCUGGACUGCCCCGACGAGCUUCUGGAGCGCACGCUGCUCGUCAAUUGUCACGCUUUGUUUUGGAUGACCAAGGCCUUCCUACCUCAGAUGAAAGCAAAGAACCAUGGUCACAUCACAACUGUAGCCAGCGCUCUAGGCCUCUUCAGCACUGCAUGUGUGGAGGAUUACUGUGCCAGUAAAUUUGGUGCGGUCGGUUUCCACGAGUCCUUGGCGCACCAGUUGCUUGCAGAGGAGCUGGACGGAAUUAAAACCACUCUAGUCUGCCCGUAUAUUGUGGACACAGGGAUGUUUGCAGGCUGUGAGAUAAGGAAGGAGCUUCGCAGUCUAAUUCCACCGUUGGAGCCUUUGUACACAGUUCAGCAGUCAAUGACAGCCAUCUUAGCAGAACAGCAAAUGAUCUGCAUCCCUCGCCUUAUGUACAUCCCAUUUAUUACAAGAGCUUUGCUGCCAUGGGAAGCGAAUGUUGCCACGUAUCGCUUUAUGGGCGGAGACAAAUGUAUGCUGCCCUUCAUCAAGAACACUGAACAAAGAAAAUCUAAUGGCUAUAUCAAAUCUUUCUGAGUCCUCCCUGUCUGAAACCUAGAAUUACUCAAAACAGUGUGUAUUUCUUUGCUGACACGGAAUGUGCGAUUACAGUAGUAGUAAUAUUUUUACACCAGUACCAGCGGCUAAGUGUAGUUACAUGGGACGUCAACCCAGGUCUCAAUAAUACAAUAAAAUAUCAAUUUAAAAAAAAGUCAUCAGGUGGUCUCAGCUAUCCACUUACUAACUUUGAGGACUUAAUGUGACACAAUAUAUCUGGAGAAUUCACAUUGGUGAGUGGGUUGGACUGACCAAGAAAGGGGCCGAAUUAUGGACUGAAGUGAUGUGGAUGCCAUAAGCAAUCUAUACAAGUGCAUCUUUUUAUUUUCAUUCACAUGAAAGACAGCGCUGAAACAGACUAGACAUGAACAAAGCUCCAGAAAACAUGCAAAAGAAAAUUCAAUCCAUCAAAAAAUAUAUAUAUUUGAAAAUCAGAUGUUCAGUGAAGUUUUUUUCCGGUUGAAAAAGUGAUCAAUAUCAGAACUACUCAAACAAUUAGGGAUUUUUUUCUCCAGCUUUUGCCUCAAAAAUCAAAACAUGGUGUUGUAGUAGCUUUUUGGUCUUUGUAGUCUUUAAAAUGUUUAAAAACUACUCACCACCAACAGAGAAAAGCCACAUUUGUAAAUGAUUACCUCUGUGGGGAAUAUGUGGUUCAACUUGUAGCCAACAGUGUAAAAAUCCUUUUGAACUCACACCAGUUGUACGUUGGCUCCUUGUAAAUAAGUCUGCAGGAACUGGAGGGCCUCAGCGUUUAGACUGGUGCUCAGCAUUGAUGGAACCUGCUCCAAAAAAAAAAAAAAAUCAUAGAAUGCUUUUCUUGACACAUGCUGAAAAAUACCACAUACCCUUCCAGGACAGGCUGUAGAAAGCUUGUGGAGGGACUGGGCAAGGAGGAUUUUGGGAUUGCCAACAGCAUCCCCGACAGGGUCGUGCUCCUUCUUUCCAGCAAAGGCCAGUUGUGAGAAAGCGGUCUGAUAGCCGGGCGUGUCUUCGAUGUCAAUGAAAUGCUCGUCAUCCGGGACGCUGUCAUCUUCUGGCAGCUCAAAUAGACCAAUGAGGGCCUGGAGCAGUGGGGUCCUGAAGCAACAGAUCCUAAAUAAUUUACUUUGUUGUUUUUAAGUACAGAUUAUAAAACUAAUUGGAGCGACAUUGGGACGUUCUUAUGACUUAAAGCGGACAUCAGGACAAAAGAAUUGUACUCUAAUUUUGUUUAGCUCAAUGUGGCCCCCCGAGUCAAUCAAUCAAUGUUUAUUUAUAUAGCCCUAAAUCACAAGUGUCUCAAAGGGCUGCACAAGCCACGACGACAUCCUCGGUUCAGAGCCCACAAAAGUCAAAAUGUUUGAACACCCCUACUUUAGACAAAUCCAAGUUAAUACUGCCAUGCUUAAAUUUUGGAUAGCUAUUUUCGAGAAUCUUUUAUUUCUCCAUUUUAUUUAGAAAUGUAUGCAUUUUUGGUUUUCCUUUUUUUUUAGUAUAUAUUUAGUAUUAUAAGUAUUGUAUUUGUAGGUCUUCUCAGUUGCUUUGCAAUAAUUUGCCCUUAGUAUUGUGAAGAUGGGAUUGGGUUGGAGUUGGAGUCUAUUUUCUUUGAUUAGAUAAAUUAACAUUCUGUGAUUUUUGCAAAUACAUUUAAAAAAUAUGUUUUUUAGGUCAACACAAAUUGUGCGUCAGCAGCCAAGAGGAUCUUUUGUAACCUGUUAGUUGUUUUGAAAAGGUUUUAGUAUAAUUUAUAUACCAAAUAAUAUAUUACGAGAAUCAUGUUGAAUUGAGAUUCAAGUCUGAAUUGAAUCGUCACCCCAAGAAUCAGAAUCAAAUCAAUCGUGAGGUGCCCAUAGACCCCCACUUCUAAUUUUGAAGUUUCCUUUGUUUUGAACAGGAAGUCCCUGUGAGCAUGUUUUGAUGCUGUGUAACUGAACAGUAGUUAUGUCAAGUUGUUUUACGGUGCUUAGCAAUAACAAUGAAGUUAACGAUACCAGAACUCAUGUUGACAUAAACAGACCCAUUAUCAAUAGAAACAAAACCUCUGGCUCUCAAAUCUUAUGUCGAAAGAAGUGGUCGAUCCUGCAUGAUGGUUGAAUUCAGCGGGCACUUUUUAGUGACAAGAACACGGUGGAUAGGGACUUGAGUAAGCGACCUAACCAGGUUUUACUCUCGUACUUUUUUGUUAAAAUGUGCUCUGACAAACUUAAAAGUGGGGCUGAUUGCUUACCAGAGCUUAGUGUACUCUGUGUCCAUCAUGGCUGGACAUUCAGUGAGGAUCUUUGUGAUGCCUAUAGCACAGAUCUUUUUCUCAAUUGUUCCAGACACCUUUUGAACCUCCGGAAUAAUGAUUUUCUCCAAGACCAUACCAAACAUCCUGCAAAAGCAAACAAGAUAUAUUAGCUGGAGGUCAUGUUUACGUGUAUCUAGUGAACGAAGGUUCCUAAUCCCACUUCUGACACUCAGCUAUUAUAUUUA